UUCAAUAUUUGUUCGUGAAACGUGUUCCGAGAGUACAUAAGCACGCGUUUUGGUAUUACACAAUGUGUAAUAAAGCUGUAUGUUUAUUAAAUGGGUGAUCUCUUCACGGGCAAGAAAUAAAGAGCCAUAUACAUGUCUAAUUAGCGUGAGUGAGUGAGUAUGGUUUUACGCCACAAAAUUCCAUCAAUAUCACGGCGGGGGACAACGAAAUGGUCUUCACACAUUGUACCCAUGUCGGGAAUCGAACCGUGUCUUCGGAGUGACGAGCGAACGCUUUAACCACAAAACUACCCCACCGCCCCACUAAUUAGCAAAAAGCAAUAGUUAGCGCCAUUUGUAUGCAUUGUUCACUACAGUAAUGCACACGUGAUGCCUGCAUUGCAGUACAUAAAGAUCUGUAAAGAAAUACAGGUAAUGCAAGUUGAAAAGGAAACAGUGAUAUAAAUUGUAAAGAGUUAUUACACUAUUUGGUUUGUGCGUAUUUAUUUUCAUGCGUAUUUGUCGGCAAGCAACUCAGAAUUAUUUUGCUAAUGUAACGCAAAUACGCCGCUUUUCUGGUGUUCUCUAAAAUAUGUAUAAAUUCAAAAAAUCUAAAUAUCAGCUAAUCGUUCAUUGUUUUAACCCCAAAAUUGCAACCGGAAGAUGGCAUCGAACUAAUAUCCAAUCAAACGCGCGGCUGAAGAAUGUUGAUCGUGAGACAGAUUGAGUUACCUCCCUUCGACAUUUCUUCACGCUCGCCCAUUCCUACGACAAACAAAUUCAAAGAGACAACGGUCGUUAAUCAAAUCUAUUCAUCUAACCGCUAAUCUCCUGCAGUUAUUUUAGAAAGUACCCAUGUGACCAGUUAUGUGGGGUUUCCACUUGGAAGUUCUUGGAUGCAACGGAAGAAGGUGUAUGAACGAUAAUGAAAUAAACCAAUAAAGGAGAUGGCCAACUGAAGGCAAACUGAACUAUCAUUCAAAUAUGGAGACAGCAGACCAAAUACAAAUGACCACAUGUGAAAAAGUGUUGAUGGAGACAAGUGAUGCUGAAAAAACUGUUCAGUGUGAUAUGGAACAAAAGCCUUAUCUGUGCAAUAAGUGUGAUAAAGUAUUUACUUCAUCAAGUGACCUGCACGAGCACACCAACAAUCACAGGGAUGUAGAGGUUUUUCAAUGUGGAGAGUGUGUUAAAGAAUUUGCUUUGUUAAGUGACCUGCAGAAGCACACAAAGAGUCACAGCGAUGUUAAGCCUUUGCGUUGCGAAGAAUGUGAUGAAGUAUUUACUUCAUCAAGUGACCUGCAAGAGCACACUUAUAAUCACAGGGAUGUACAGGUUUUUCAGUGUGGAGAUUGUGUUAAAGAAUUUGCUUUGUUAAGUGACCUGCAGAAGCACACAAAGACUCACAGUGAUGUUAAGCCUUUGCGUUGCGAAGAAUGUGAUGAAGUAUUUACUUCAUCAAGUGACCUGCAAGAGCACACUUAUAAUCACAGGGAUGUACAGGUUUUUCAGUGUGGAGAUUGUGUUAAAGAAUUUGCUUUGUUAAGUGACCUGCAGAAGCACACAAAGACUCACAGUGAUGUUAAGCCUUUGCGUUGCGAAGAAUGUGAUGAAGUAUUUACUUCAUCAAGUGACCUGCAAGAGCACACUUAUAAUCACAGGGAUGUACAGGUUUUUCAGUGUGGAGAUUGUGUUAAAGAAUUUGCUUUGUUAAGUGACCUGCAGAAGCACACAAAGAGUCACAGCGAUGUUAAGCCUUUGCCUUGCGGAGAGUGUGAUGAAGUAUUUACCUCGUCAAGUGACCUGGAGAUACACAAGAAGAGUCACAGUGGUGCCAAGCCAUUACAGAGCGGAGAGAGUGAUCAAGAAUUUGAUUCAUCAAGUGACCUGGAGAUACACAAGAAGAGUCACAGUGGUGCCAAGCCAUUACAGAGCGGAGAGAGUGAUCAAGAAUUUGAUUCAUCAAGUGACCUGGAGAUACACAAGAAGAGUCACAGUGGUGCCAAGCCAUUACAGAGCGGAGAGAGUGAUCAAGAAUUUGAUUCAUCAAGUGACCUGGAGAUACACAAGAAGAGUCACAGUGGUGCCAAGCCAUUACAGAGCGGAGAGAGUGAUCAAGAAUUUGAUUCAUCAAGUGAUCUGCAGAAACACAAGAAGAGUUCCUGUAUUGCCAAGCCAUUACAGAGCGGAGAGAGUGAUCAAGAAUUUGAUUCAUCAAGUGAUCUGCAGAAACACAAGAAGAGUUCCUGUGUUGCCAAGCCAUUACAGAGUGGAGAGAGUGAUCAAGAAUUUGAUUCAUCAAGUGAUCUGCAGAAAAACAAGAAGAGUUCCUGUGUUGCCAAGCCAUUACAGAGCGGAGAGAGUGAUCAAGAAUUUACUACAUCCAGUGACCUGCAGACACAAAAAAAGAGUCACAGUAGGGCCAAACAAGUGAAGUUUGAUCAAGAAAUUAUUUCAUCAAGAAUUCUGCGAAAACGCAAGAGUAACAGUCGUACCGAGCCAUUACAGUGCGAAGAGUGUGACCAAGAAUUUUCUUCAUCCAGUGUCCUGAAAAAACACAAGAAGAGUCACAGUAGAACAAAGCCAUUACAGUGCGAAGAGUGUGACCAAGAAUUUUCUUCAUCCAGUGUUCUGAAAAAACACAAGAAGAGUCACAGUAGUACAAAGCCAUUACAGUGCGAAGAGUGUGACCAAGAAUUUUCUUCAUCCAGUGUCCUGAAAAAACACAAAAAGAGUCACAGUAGUGCCAAGCCAGUGAAGUUUGAUCAAGAAAUGAUUUCAAAAAGAAUUCUGCGGAAACGCAAGAGUAACAGUCGUACCGAGCCAUUACAGUGCGAAGAGUGUGAUCAAGAAUUUUCUUCAUCCAGUGUCCUGAAAAAACACAAGAAGAGUCACAGUAGUACAAAGCCAUUACAGUGCGAAGAGUGUGACCAAGAAUUUACUUCAUCAGGUGAAUUAAAACAACACAAGAAGAGUCACAGCAGCACCAAGCCAUUACGGUGCAUGAAGUGUGACCAAGAAUUUACCUCAUUAAUUGAGUUAAAAAAACACAAGAAGAGUCACAAAGAUACCAAGCCGACACAGUGUGGUGAGUGUGAUAAAUCAUUCACUAAUGCAAGUGAUCUGAGGAGACAUAUGAGGGGCCACAGUGGAAUCCGGCCUUACCGUUGUGGUCAGUGCGGGAAAACCUUCGCACAAACAUCAAACCUUAACGCACACCUGAGGAGUCACAGUGGAACCAAACCCUAUUUGUGCAGUGUGUGUGGGAAAACGUUCACAGAAUCAGGAACUCUGCGGACUCACAUGAGAUGUCACAGUGGUGAAAAGCCUUUUCUCUGUAAGGUGUGUGGGAAAACUUUUUCACGAUCAAAUCACCUCAAGAGACACAUGAGAGGUCACACUGGAGACAAACCAUAUCGUUGUAGUGAGUGUGGAAAAUCAUUCGCACAAUCAGAAACUUUACGGAUACACGCGAGGACUCACAGUGGAACCUGUCCUCAUAAGUGCAAUAAGUGUGAUGAGGCAUUUACGACUUCUUAUCAUCUGCAAAGACACAUGAUACGUUGCCAUAAUCAGCCUGGAGUCAAGUCCCAUCGAUGUAAUGAAUGUGCGAAAGCAUUUCUACGACUAUCUGACUUGGAAAGACAUAUAAGGUGUCACAGUGGUGACAAACCUUUUGAAUGUAGUGAGUGUGGGAGAACAUUUGCACAAGCAGGCACCCUGGCGAGACAUGCAAGGUCUCAUGAUGAUGUCAGGCCAUUUCAGUGUAGUAAAUGUGAAAAGGCAUAUUUACAGUCAGGCAGCUUGCGGGAUCACAUGUUGGCAUCACAUAGCAAAGAUAAGCCUACUAAAUGUAGUAAGUGUGAGAAAUCUUUCACAAGACUACCUGACUUGGAGAGACACAUGAAGUGUCACAGUAAACACAAGCCUUUUGAGUGCAGUGAGUGUGACCAAGCAUUUAUACAACCAUGGGACCUGAAGCGACACAUGAGGUGUCACACAGGAGAGAAGCCUUAUAAAUGCAAGGACUGUGGGAAUUCAUUUACCCAGGCAUGUUCUUUACAGACUCACAGAAGGAAACACUGUGGAGGCAAAGACAAAGACAAAAGCAAAUGCAAAGACAAAGGAAAAAACAAAGACAAAGAAGACAAAGACAAAGAAGACAAAGGAGACAGAGUCAAAAAGAAAGACAAAGGAGACAAAGGCAAAGGAAAAGGAAAGGGCAAAGGAAAAGACAAAGGAGACAAAGACAAAGAAGACAGAGUCAAAGACAAAGAAGACAAAGACAAAGGAGACAGGGUCAAAAAGAAAGACAAAGGAAAAGACAAAGACAAAGGAGACACAGAAGACAAAGACAAAGAAGACAGAGACAAAGACAAAGAAGACAGAGUCAAAGACAAAGAAGACAAAGGAGACAAAGACAAAGAAGACAGAGACAAAGACAAAGAAGACAGAGUCAAAGACAAAGAAGACAGAGUCAAAGACAAAGAAGACACAGAAGACAAAGACAAAGAAGACAGAGUCAAAGACAAAGAAGACAGAGUCAAAGACAAAGAAGACAAAGGAGACAAAGACAAAGAAGACAGAGACAAAGACAAAGAAGACAGAGUCAAAGACAAAGAAGACAGAGUCAAAGACAAAGAAGACAAAGGAGACAAAGAAGACACAGACAAAGAAGAAAAAGACAAAGAAGACAAAGAAUAA